UCAUUUCGCAAACGUCUGUUGAGAUUGGAAUCAUUGUUCUCAUCACCAAUCCGAAAAACACCUUGCAAAGAUGUCAAGCCGCCGCGAAAGUCGCGUGUCUGAAACCAGCGAGCUGGAAGAAGGCAAGGACAAAAUCAGCGAUUUGGCGAAUGAAGCUCGUCAAACCCAUGCCACAAAUUCCGGCUUUCUCGGAUUCAUACGUCGUUUGCAUAUGCCUCUUUUGUUGUUGGCUCCAUCGUUGUUGAUUGGGAUGCUGGCUGUUUUGCUCGUUCCGGUGUGUUACUCCCUCAUUACCACAGGAAACACGAACACCAAAGAGCUUUCGGACAAUCUUUUGGUCACCAUGAUGAAGAGUACGGAAUUGGGAAUCAGAAGUAGUCUGGAGCCGUUGAAGAGGGGGGUGAACAUAGUCGGAGCCGCGGAUCAGAUUGCAAAACCAAUUACCGUGGAUCGCGCCAAUAUUUACAAUAACCUUGUUAAUCAAAAAGAAUUGAUAAAGUUUUUGGCGACCGUACAAAAAACAGGAGGAACAGACAGUUGGACAUGCUAUUCGCCCAAAUGGCUCAGUGGUUAUGGACCCGAGGACCCCAUCAACAGUACUACAAUCUCCUGGGUCUUCCUUUUACCCUCCCGAACUCCUAUCCCGCCAUACAAGGAUGUUGUGAUAGGGUUGACGGACGACACGUUGGCUCCCAAGGCACAACAGUAUGCCUUGAAUCAAACCACAUACGAGAUCAUCGGUCCACUGAAUACAGCUGACCCCGCACCCUUUGCUUACGACGUCAGUUGGAGUAAAGUUAUCAGAAAUAUCCUCAAACCUCCCAACGGGACAGUUCCCACCGAUAAUUUUAUGUCUAUCACAACCGAUAAGACGGGGUAUAUGGCGAUCAGUAUGGCCAAGAUUUACCUCAGCAGCUACACCGGUACAUAUUACGGAUGUGCGGCUACUUUGGGACUGUCAUCCACGUGGAGUGCCAUUUUGGAACAACAGAAAAUCACCGAUGAGACAGUCAUCGCGGUACUUGACGACAAGCUAAACCUGGUAGCCAGCAGUUCUCGCGUGGGUGCGUGGAAAGGUGUAGGAGCUGUCGAUUUCUCCAACGAGACGUUUUCUCCGCUGUUGGUUACGUUCGUGAAGGAUAAAUAUGCAAGCAUUGCGAAUGUCCCGCUGCGGAUCGAAACCUAUAUGGACCAGAUUGAUGCGAAGAGGGAUUGGAUGAUUUUGGUCACCAAAAUUCAAUUCACCAAUUAUCCAGACGAUAUUAUGGUACUCAUCUCUGCAACUCCUCGGGAAUAUAUUUUCGGAAAAAUCGACAAGGCCGCCAAACGCGCCAUGGCACUCUCCAUCGGUCUCGGUGUAGGAAUCGUCAUUGUUGUUUCCGCACUUUUCGUGGCUGUUACGAUGCCUUUGUCCAGGUUGGGCAAUGCGAUGCAGUUGUUGACCAAAUUGGAUUUCGCAGCCUUGGAACAAGGUCGGAUCCUUGAAAUCGACAGUCACAUUUCCGAAGUCAGAAGGAUUCAGGCAACAUUUGGCACGAUGGUUAAAGCUUUCGCGGGCGGUAUUAAAAAGAACCGGGAAAUGAUCGCACGGACCGUGAUGUCUGGCGGGGGUACCAGCUCACCGUCUCAGCGUCCUAGUAUGAAAUGAAGACAAUAGGAAGAUGCAUUAUACUGUUGAGGGUGGACCUGCAGAUGUUGGAGGGUCGGGAUGGAGAUGAUGAAAAUGCUUUGUUUCUCUUUUUUCAGUUUUGUUUUGUUCAAUUGUAUUGGAAAGUACCAUGUUUUUCUUGCGGGUGCA